UUUAAUAAUGAUUUAUCUUUUAAUUUAAGCAAAAUACCUUUUAUGAAAAUUAUUGUCAUAUCUAUUUUACUUUUAAUCCUUAAUAUAUUUUGGUUUAUUGGCUUGCUAAUAACUGGACCACUGCGGACUAUAUUUAUUUAUGAAACAAAUGACUUGAUUCUCUCAACAAUUAUUCUUUUAUUUGUUACAACACAUUCAUCUCCUACCAAGAUUAGAGGAGGAAUAAUGUACCUAUUAGCCAUUGUUUGCUUCUUAUUCCUAGAUCACGAUGAUAAUUUGAAUGCUCAUAAUCCUGGCGCCAAAAAUAUAGAAAAUAUUCAAAUCAAUGAAAAUAACUUUUUCCUAAACUUAUUGGGCAAAAUAUUGAAUUUAUCCGAUCACAAACAAGGCGUCGUUUUAUUACUAUUCGUCACCUUCCUGAGAACCCUGGUCGAUAAGUUGGUUAAAAAGAUUUCCAUUCAAAUAGGUGGUCUUAAAAAGAGCCAAUUUUUGCUUCAAACUUGCCAAGCCCUGAUCCUUAUUCCUGUUAUGGUCAUCUUAACUAGUUUUCAGCCAACUGGAGCCGAUGAAAAGGAGAAUCAGGAUAUUAUUCAUAAAUCACUAUCGUGGUUCAUGUGGCUUUUCGCUACCUCUUUCAUUGCGCUUUUCGUUUUCGUGGUCAAUUUUUAUACUGACAUUACUUGUGGAAUGAAAAUGGAAAAGUUCAAAUUUGCUCGCAUAUCUACCCUAACUUGUUACGCUUCCGCCAUCGUCUUAUAUUUUUUACACGCCUAUAUGCUAACCGGAAAUCGGAAAAAGGAGACCACUGUGCAUGAGUCUAGCACUAUCAUCGAAUCUAAUCACCUACCCUUAGAUCCUCAUCCAGUAACGCUAGGAGCCAUUAUAGGCAUAAUUUUCUUGAUUAUAGCAAUCCUAAAUUUGACCUCUAACGUUCAGAAAAGUUCUAAGGGAUAUUUCGUGGGAUAUUCAACGUUUUCUGGAUUGCCUCUAUACUCUUAUACGUCCGAACACAUAUCGACGAUAACCCACCCUUUCAAGCAAUUGUUGAAAAGUUUUUUCGCCCAAAUGUCUAUGGACAAAGCAUCGAAACCUAUAUUUUAUUUCCUCUUGGCAAAUCUGGCAUUCAUGCUUGUCGAAAUCAUAUACGGAGCUUGGACAAAUAGCCUGGGGCUUAUAUCUGACGGGUUCCACAUGCUCUUCGAUUGUUCGGCCCUCGUUAUGGGUUUAUUCGCAUCGCUUAUGGCCAAGUGGAAGCCUAAUAAAACAUUUUCUUACGGGUACGGCAGAGUAGAAAUUUUAUCAGGUUUUUUGAACGGGCUUUUCUUGGUACUAAUCUCGCUCAACGUAUUUAUGGCCGCUCUGGAUCGACUGUUCCAACCUCCGAGGAUAGAGUCCGAAAAAUUAUUGCUAGUAUCUGUCAUAGGACUCAUCAUAAAUCUGAUCGGAAUUUUCGCAUUCCAUUUUUCUGGCGAAUGCUCACAUUCCCACUCACACUCCCACUCAGGUCAUUCGCAUUCCCACCAAAGCCAUUCCCAUCAUCAUGAUCACCAUGACGCACCCGGAUCUAAGCUGGAACUAGUGCAGACCGCCGACAAUUCAGAUAUAAACGGUUACAAAAAGUUAGAGAUGGAGGAGGAGACCAAUGGAUACAUCAUAGUGCUGCCACCAUCUGUUGAUGAUACCUCAAAAGAUAUCCAAACGCAUGAUGGCCAUCAUUCUCAUCAUAAUAAAGAAACAUGUUCUCACGACCAUAAGGGUCACCAACAUUCUCACCACGACGAAGAGGAGCAUCAUCAUCAUAAGAAUCACUCUCACUCCGGACAUGGGCAUAAUAUGAAUAUGGAAGGUAUAUUCCUCCACGUUUUAGCCGACACUCUGGGCAGCGUAGGUGUCAUUGUUUCCUCUUUUCUAAUGCAGAGGUACGGUUGGUUCAUAGCUGACCCCAUAUGUUCCCUCUUCACUUCCUUAUUGAUUUUCUUCAGUGUCUUGCCACUCCUCAAGGAAACCUGCUACGUUUUAUUGCUAAAAACUCCAAAAGAAUUGAUGUCCGACCUUAAGGGCAUUUUAUCGAAAAUAGAUAGAAUGGACCACAUAAUAUCUUAUAAAUAUCCCCAUGUGUGGAGACAGUCUUCUUCGGCUUACGUAGUUUCAAUUCGCAUCAUGAUCAACUCCAAUUCCCCAGCUUCCUAUCAACACUAUUUAUCAUCCCAGGUUUCGGCCUUAUUCGCUGACGCCAUUAAGGCAUGCUUAGGCCAAUCCGUUCAGGUCUCCACUACGGUACAAGUAGAAAAAGAAAUUUUUCACAAGCACCUAUCAGGAAUUUGUUCGAAAGGAUAUUCCAAUACGGAUCUCAUGCUGAAUCAUAACGAUCCCUCAUCCCCAUUGAUGAUUGAUUUUUACGAAUAUUGAUAAGAUAUCGAUCUCAAUAACACUAAAAUAAUUAUGGAAUCUGAGUUGCUUUAUAUUAUAUAUAAUUGAAUGCAUGUUAUUUUGGAAUAUACGAAAUUAUGGGGAUUGCAUGUUAUUAUAUUAAAUUAUGGAAAUAAUAAUUUUUUUUAAUGUUAUAAGUUGAAUAGUUGACAAGAAUAAUU